UAUGGGACGCGGACUUUAAGCGGACCGAGCGAAAUGACAAGUUGAACUUUCUAAUUACUUAAUAAACUUCUAAAAAACUUUAAUUAAGAAAGUUAACCACCAUAAACAUCGGUAAUAAAUGACAGGCUUACUGAACUGAGCCCAUCUCACCCAGCCUCAAAAAAUUGACCACAGAAACUUGACAGCGAGUCUCUAAUAUUGAGUUCAAUGUUUUUGUAGUUCCUGUAUGCACUGUGUGAAGUGAGAGGUGCGGAUUCUGCGUUUUUAUCUGAAUUGGAGCAAAUUCGAGAAUUUGUGUCUUUUGAAAUUUAAUAAUUAUAAGUGUUGAGAAGCAAGGAUUUCAAAUACAACACAGAAAAUCAUUUGCAAUUAAUUCUCGACAGACUUCUCGAAAACACUGAGAUGUUUUUAGAAUCGGUUGAUCACAUAAUUUGAGGAUAUUUCAAUUGGCAUAUUGAAAUAAUGAGUGAAACAGCUGGUAAUGUCUUGCAUAUAGGGGACGUUGUAUCCCUAUAUGCCGAAGGCAGUGUCUCCGGAUUUUUAAGUACAUUGGGAUUGGUGGACGACAGAUGUGUAGUAUGUCCAGAAGCAGGUGAUUUAUUGAAUCCUCCCAAAAAGUUCAGAGAUUGCCUAUUCAAAAUAUGCCCUAUGAAUAGAUACUCUGCUCAAAAGCAAUUUUGGAAAGCUGCAAAGCAAAGCAUGGGACCUGAUACUGAUACCAAUUUACUUAAGAGAUUACAUCACGCUGCGGAAAUAGAGAAAAAACAAAAUGAAACAGAAAACAAGAAGGAAAACGGAACAAAUGUGCUUUAUGGUAACGUUAUUCAGUUGCUACAUUUAAAGUCAAACAAGUACUUAACAGUGAACAAAAAGCUUCCAGCGCUUUUAGAAAAAAAUGCGAUCCGGGUGUAUUUGGAUGGUAGUGGCAAUGAAGGGUCGUGGUUUUAUAUACAUCCUUUCUAUAAGCUUCGGUCUACUGGAGACAAUAUCGUUUUAGGAGACAAAGUUAUUUUAAACCCUGUAGGUCCUGGCCAGCAUCUUCUGCAUGUAGCCGCGAAUCUUGAACUGGUGGAUAAUCCCGGCUGCAAAGAGGUUAAUGUAGUUAAUGGAAACACUUCAUGGAAAGUGACACUAUUUCUAGAAUAUAAGGAAAAUCGAGAUAAUAUUCUAAAAGGCGGAGAUGUGGUUAGGCUAUUUCACACUGAACAAGAGAAGUUCUUAACAAUGGAUGAAUACAAGAAACAUUCUCAUGUGUUCUUACGAACCACAGGUAGAACCAGCGCUACUGCGGCUACUAGUAGCAAAGCAUUAUGGGAGAUAGAAGUAGUACAAAAUGAUCCAUGUAGAGGUGGUGCAGGGCAUUGGGACUCUUUAUAUCGUUUCAAACAUUUAUCCACGGGACAGUAUUUGGCAGCGUCCCCAGAUGUUGACGAAGUUGAUAAGUCCGACCCUAGGGAAAGUGCCAAAUAUCACUUAAUUCCUGUGAGCCACUCAUUCGAACGGAAUGAGAUUGCCUCCCUCUUUGAGCUAGGGCCUACAAAUCUGCCACCUGCCGAUUCUUUGGUACCUCAGUCUAGCUAUGUUCGACUGCACCAUAUAUUUACGGAUACCUGGGUGCAUUCCACAUCUACACCUAUAGAUAAAGAUGAGGAAAAGCCGGUUAUGUCAAAAGUGGGAUGUGCACUAAGGAAAGAAGAUAAAGAAGCUUUUGCUUUAAUUCCUGUCUCCCCAGUCGAAGUGCGUGAUCUGGAUUUCGCCAAUGACGCCUGCAAGCUGCUGUCUUCAUUAUCAGUAAAAUUAUCUAAUGGAACCAUUUCUCAUAGUGAAAGACGAUCCUUAACAACUCUUCUUCAGGACAUAGUUUAUUUUGUGGCCGAACUGGAAAAUGAACAAAAUAAGACAGAAGCUUUAGAUCUAAUAGUUACAAAUCCAAAUAGAGACAGGCAAAAACUUUUAAGAGAACAGGCUAUUUUAAAACAACUUUUUAAUAUACUGCAAGGCCCUUUUCUAGAAUCAGCCGGAGAAUCUUCAUUUUUAAAAAUAGAUGAAUUGAACGAUCCUCGACAUGCCCCUUAUAAAUAUAUUUUCCGUUUAUGUUAUCGCAUUCUGCGACUGAGUCAGCGAGAUUAUAGAAAAAACCAAGAGUAUAUAGCAAAACAUUUCGGGUUUAUGCAAAAGCAAAUAGGUUAUGACAUUCUUGCAGAAGAUACUAUAACGGCGCUCCUUCACAACAAUCGAAAGUUACUUGAAAAACAUAUUACACCAGCAGAAAUAGAAACAUUUGUAGGUUUGGUCAGGAAAAAUAUGAGUAAUUGGGAAAGUAGAUUUCUUGAUUAUCUCUCAGAUCUUUGCAUCUCAAACAAGAAAGCUAUUCCAGUAACUCAAGAACUAAUUUGCAAAAGUGUGUUAAGUCAAAAGAACUCUGACAUUCUGAUAGAAACAAGACUUAUGGAAGUAGAAUUGCACGAAUUUGCUGAGGAAAAUGAGAAUCUUUUAGAUGAUGGCAUAGAACAGUUGAUAACAAUGGUAGAGGACUAUCAAGUAAUGCUGUUAUUAAUUAAUGGCCAAAAACAAUUAGCCUUGACGGACUUGUGCGCUAAAGCCAAAUUAGGCAGUAAAGAUGAUCAAGCCAUUUUGGAUUAUUACCGUCAUCAGCUAGACUUGUUUUCUAACAUGUGUCUGAAUCGACAGUACUUGGCUUUAAAUAAUCUAUCUCCACAUCUAGAUAUAGAACUCAUCCUAAAGUGUAUGUCAGAUGAAAACGUUAGUUUUGAUUUGCGCGCAUCAUUUUGCAGGCUGAUGCUACACUUACAUGUAGACAGGGAUCCUCAGGAACCUGUCACUCCUGUUAAAUAUGCAAGGCUGUGGUCCGAGAUUCCCCCACAUAUGUCUAUAAUAGAUUAUGAUUGUAAUAAAAUGCCUGAUCCUAACAAAGAAGCCGUACGUGCCAAGUUUUCCUCUACAAUUGCUUUUGUAGGUGGUUAUCUAUGCAACGUAGUUGCCAAAAUGUGGUCUUUUGCCGAUCAGGAACAAAAUAAACUUACUUUUGAGGUUGUUAAACUGGCUAGAGAAUUAAUCUAUUUCGGUUUUUAUAGUUUCUCUGAUUUGCUUGAAUUAACUAAAACUCUUUUACGCAUUUUGGAUUGUGUUGCGGAAUCAGAUUUAAUCGAUGGAAGAAUACCUAUAGGGGAAGUUGAUUCCGAAGGGGGGGUUUUAAGAACUAUUGGCGACAUGGGAGCAGUUAUGACCUCCUUAACCUUAGGACCUAACGGUAGAUCUAUCGCUACGACAAAUGCAGGCAGUAAUUCCAAAUCAUCUGUUUUCCAUAAAGAAUAUCCAUUGGUAAUGGAUACAAAAUUGAAAAUCAUUGAAAUUUUAGAGUUCAUAUUAGAUGUGCGGUUGGAUUACAGGAUAAGUUGCCUACUAAGUAUAUUUAAACAAGAAUUUGAUGAGUCGGAAAAGAAUAGUCCUGUAAAUGUGAACUUAGGUCAAAAAAACAUUGAUUUAGAGCUAAUCGGAAGCCAAGCAGAAGGCAUUUUUGGAACUAGCGAGGAAUGUGCAGUUCUGGAUUUAGACGGGCACGGUGGAAGGACUUUUCUUCGAGUUCUUCUUCAUUUAACAAUGCACGACUAUCCCCCAUUAGUUUCCGGCGCUUUACAUUUGCUUUUCAGACAUUUCAGUCAAAGGCAAGAAGUUCUGCAAUCUUUCAGACAAGUUCAAUUGCUGGUUUCGGAUAGUGAUGUAGAAUCUUACAAGCAAAUCAAGACUGACUUAGAUGUCUUGCGACAAAGCGUCGAGAAGUCAGAACUAUGGGUGUACAAGUCUAGAAGUGAUGAACACGGAAUUGGAAAGAAAAAUAAAGAGGAAGAAGAUGAUAUCACACCCAGCAAGCCAAUGCUAAGUGUAUUAGAGAAGAAAGGAUCUGCUAUCAAUUUAGACGUUGGCCCACUUUUACAUCCAGAGCAAGCAGAAGAAUAUAAGAAAAUUCAACAAAUUUUAAUACGAAUGAACAAGUUGUGUACUCAAGAAUUUCCGUCGGUUAAACCGAGAAAACAUGAACAAAGAUUGCUUAGAAAUGUUGGGGUUCAUACUGUGGUUUUAGAUUUAUUACAAGUUCCAUAUGAUGAGAAAGAAGACAUUAGAAUGAACGAACUUAUGCGAUUAGCCCACGAAUUUCUACAAAACUUUUGUUUGGGCAACCAACAAAACCAAAUCUUACUAUACAAGCAUUUGGAUCUUUUCUUAAAUCCAGGGAUUAGAGAAGCGCAAACUGUAUGUGCAAUUUUCCAAGAUAAUCCUACAUUAUGCAAUGAAGAAAAUGAAAAAGUGAUUCAAGAUUUUGUUCGAUUUAUCGAAACUCAUGGGCGGCACGUGCAGUACUUAAAGUUUCUGCAAACUAUCGUCAAAGCUGAUAACCAGUUUAUUCGAAAAUGCCAGGACAUGGUUAUGCAAGAGUUAAUUAAUGCAGGAGAGGAAGUGUUAGUAUUUUACAAUGACAAAGCAUCCUUCAAUCAUUUUAUUGAAAUGAUGCGCUCGGAAAGACAUUGUAUGGAUGAAAGCAGCCCUUUAAAAUACCACGUAGAACUUGUAAAACUUUUGGCUUGCUGCACCAUGGGGAAAAAUGUUUACACUGAAAUAAAGUGUCACAGUUUACUUCCUUUAGAUGAUAUCGUAGGCAUGGUUACUCACGCCGAUUGUAUUCCAGAAGUCAAAGAAGCAUAUGUUGGCUUUUUACAUCAUUGCUAUAUAGAUACUGAGGUUGAAAUGAAAGAAAUAUACACCAGCAAUCAUAUGUGGACUUUAUUUGAAAAGUCGUUCUUAGUGGAUAUGGCUGAUAUAGCUACAGCCCCUAGCGAUAGAAAGCAUCCAGAUAAAGCUUUGGAAAACUAUGUGACCAAUUGUGUUAUGAAUUUAAUAACAACUUUUUUUAAAAGCCCCUUUUCCGAUCAAAGCACCACAGUUCAGACUCGGCAACCGAUUUUUGUACAGCUUUUACAAUCAGCCUUCAGGGUCUCCCAGUGUCUUUGGUUAUCAGCGUCGCAACGUUUUAAUGUUGAAAACUGUAUUCGUACACUAUCGGAAGUUGCUAAACAUAGAGGCAUAGCAAUACCGCUAGACUUAGAAAGUCAGGUGACACCCAUGUUUAAUAAAGCCAGUAUUCUCACUAGGCAAACUAGCAAAUGGUUAACUGCAUCUAAAACCCCAAAAAUAGAACGAACGCAGUCCACAUUAAUGAGAUUAGAUAGAAGUAUUAUAGAAGGAUUACAAGACAUCGUGUCGCUUUUGGAAGACCAGUUAAAGCCCUUGGUGCAAUCGGAAUUAUCUCUUUUGGUCGACGUUCUGUACAGACCUGAACUGCUUUUUCCAGAUGGAACAGAGUCGCGAAGACGAUGUGAAAAUGGAGGAUUCAUUCGAAGGUUAAUAAAGCAUACGGAAAAACUGUUAGAAGAAAAAGAAGAAAAGCUAUGUGUGAAAGUCCUACGGACCUUACGAAAAAUGAUGGCUGUGGAUCCAGAUUAUGGAGAGAAGGGAGACGUUCUUCGUAACAGCUUAUUAAGCAGGUAUUUUGGCAAAAAUUUCACUCAAAACCACGAAAAUGUCACUAUUGCCAAUUGUCAAAUACCUGUUACUCAUGGACCAGGAGCAAAAAUCAUCAGUAGAGCUGGGCAAACACUUCAUGAAGUUCAAGCACAUUUAGAUAAAGAAGGGGCUUCAGAUUUAGUCGUAGAAUUGGUAAUAAAGUCAGUUAAUUCUCCUUCCAUUUUUGGCGAAGCUGUCGAAUUGGGAAUAGCACUAUUGGAAGGGGGUAACUCGAUAAUUCAGAAAAGCAUGUUUAAUAAACUUUUAGGGGGAGAUCUCAGCCAAUCCUUUUUUAAGGUAUUUUACGAUAAAAUGCGAGAUUCCCAAUCGGAAAUAAAGUCCACCGUCAGUGUGAAUACUUCUGAUAUGGCAGCAAAAGUCCAUGAUGACAAACAAGAUGGAAAAGAAUUAGAUAAGCUCUCUAAAAAGCAAGGAAAGACUAACGGAAUACUGAUAAGCGAUGAACUCAGAGAAGAACUGAGUAGAGCUGCCGAGUCGACCUCUCAAGCAUAUACUCAUAUAAGAAAUAUGGCAACUGGAGACGAUAACUUAAUAUCAAAUGCUACAAGUGCCUUUGAAGAUUUAUUGGCAGAGAAACUUGAGAAGCAUCGGGAAAGAGACGAGCAAAAUAGUCUUUCCAAUAAAGUUUUGAUAAUGCAGCCAAUUUUACGAUUUCUGCAAUUGCUUUGUGAAAAUCAUAAUCCGAAGCUGCAAAAUCUACUGAGAAAUCAAAAUAAUAAAACGAACUUUAAUUUGGUAUCUGAGACGCUGAUGUUUUUAGAUUGUAUUUGUGGCUCUACAACAGGGGGAUUAGGACUUUUGGGCCUAUAUAUAAAUGAAAACAAUGUUUCGCUCAUCAACCAAACCUUAGAAACUUUAACUGAGUAUUGCCAAGGUCCUUGUCAUGAAAAUCAAAACUGCAUCGCUACACACGAAUCUAGCGGGCUUGAUAUCAUUACUGCUUUAAUACUUAAUGAUAUUAACCCUCUAGGGAAAUCAAGAAUGGAUUUAGUUUUAGAGCUAAAAAAUAAUGCCUCUAAGCUUCUUUUAGCCAUAAUGGAAAGCAGAGGUGAUAGUGAAAAUGCGGAAAGAAUAUUAUCAAAUAUGAACCCAAAACAACUAGUUGAAGUUGCUUGUAAAGCAUUCCAUCAAGAAACUAAUGAUGAAGAUGAUAUGGAUGAUCCUAAUAUAGACGAUGUGGUUUCACCCAAAGAAGUUGGUCAUAAUAUUUAUAUCCUCUGCCAUCAGUUAGCUCAACAUCAUAAAGAACUAGCAAACUGGUUGAUACCUUCGGAUUGUUUGGAUCCCAAGGUACAAAAGGCCUUAGAAUACUAUAAUACUCACACCGCACAAAUUGAAAUAGUUAGGCAUGAUCGCACACUAGAACAAAUAGUGUUUCCUAUACCAGAGAUUUGCGAAUAUAUCACUAAAGAUACCAAAAUCAAAGUACUUAAUACUGCUGAAAGAGAUGAUCAAGGAUCCAAAGUUGCCGCUUUCUUCGAGAGAACGGACAAUAUGUUUAGUGAGAUGAACUGGCAAAAGAAACUAAGAGCUCAACCGGUGUUAUUUUGGGUCAGCAGUUACAUGUCGUUGUGGAGUAAUAUCCUGUUUAAUUGUGCAGUAUUAAUCAAUCUUAUAGUUGCCUGUUUUUAUCCAUUUGAACAUAUAUUACCCCAAAUCAGUUCUACUAUCUCGAUAUUAAUAUGGUUUGCUAUGUUGGUCUCGUCAGCCAUAGUGAUAACGCUGCCUAGAGAAACCGGAAUACGUACAUUAGUAGUGUCUACCAUAUUGAGGCUGAUAUACUCUCUAGGACCAGAACCAACUUUAUGGCUUCUUGGUUCAAUAACUAUACUUUUGAAAGGCAUUCACCUAGUUAGUAUAAUGGGAAACCAUGGUACUCUUACAAAAACAUAUCAACAAAUUCUAACUGAUGCCGAACUGGUAUAUCACCUGACUUAUUUAGUUUUCUGUAUGCUGGGACUUGUUAUGCAUCCAUUUUUUUACUCUUUCUUGUUGUUCGACGUUGUGUAUAGAGAAGAAACAUUGUUGAAUGUGAUUAGAUCAGUAACGAGAAACGGCCGAUCGAUUAUUUUAACUGCUGUAUUAGCUUUAAUCUUGGUGUAUAUGUUUUCCAUUAUUGGUUACAUGUUCUUCAGAGAUGAUUUCAUUGUGAGUGUUAAUAAAAAAGAAGAUGGUACUUGCGAAAAGAUAUCCCAGCUCACAGGGCAGGGCAACAGGCAGUUUAAAAACGAUGAAGUUGAUAAAUAUUGUGAACUGACUGAUUCAGGUGAAGAAAAAAAGGAACGUGCUUGUGACUCGUUAAGAAUGUGUAUUGUAACCACGUUAAACCAGGGUUUGCGAAAUGGUGGAGGAAUUGGAGAUAUUUUAAGAGCGCCCAGCAGUGAAGAAUCUCUAUUUGUUCCCAGGGUUGUAUAUGAUCUGCUAUUCUUCUUUGUUGUUAUAAUUAUAGUACUUAAUCUAAUUUUUGGUGUUAUCAUCGAUACAUUUGCCGAUUUGAGAUCUGAGAAGCAACAAAAAGAGUUGAUAUUAAAGAACACUUGUUUUAUCUGUGGGUUGAACAGAUCAGCAUUUGAUAACAAAACUGUAAGCUUUGAAGAGCACGUAAAAAAUGAGCACAACAUGUGGCAUUAUUUGUACUUCAUAGUCUUGAUCCGAGUGAAAGAUCCUACUGAAUUUACUGGACCUGAAAGCUAUGUUUACACUCUAGUAAAAGCUGUUAAUCUAGAUUGGUUUCCACGAUUACGAGCGAUGUCUUUAGCGGCGGUAGAAGGAGACGGAGAGCAAAUAGAGCUUAGAAGUCUACAAUCAGUUUUAGAAAAUACUCAAAGUUUAGUAAAAAACUUGUCACAUCAACUGAUGGAGCUAAAGGAGCAGAUGGCUGAGCAAAGAAAACAGAAACAUCGCCUGGGACUUCUCAGCUCUGCGUCUACCUAUCUACAAACCAAUAACUUGGCUUAGAGUGAUGUAUUGUCUGUUAGUUGAAGUUUACGUAGCCUAGUCUUUGUCUGCAAUACCUUUGUGUCGUUGAUCAUUUUUAUAGUAUAAAAAUUACGUUUCAAGUGUUAUUUUCCAUAUUAAAUUGCAUUGCUCCUCUUUCGUUAACUAUAAUUAACGGGAAUGAACUUAAAUGAAAAUGUAAACAUAAAAAUGUUCCAGUAACAGAAACGUUGUUCCGGUAAGUGCAAUUAUCUCUUGUUUUUUCAGUUUGUUAAAAAUGUAGACUGUCUUUGCAUCAUAUAUCAAGAUCUGUUCGCGUCCUAGAAUCCAUUAAAGAAGCGAAGGAAACGUUUUAAUUCAAAGCAUUUGUUUAUAUAUUUGUAUUCUUGCCACCUACUACCAAGGUCAGUUAGGUCAGUUAUACGUGUGUUAAUGAAUUUAAAAUGCUCCAAGUUGUUAGUAAUUGAAAAUAGAAACUAAAUACAAGUUUUGAAUUA